AAUGGUAACACUAAGUGCGUUGGUAACACUUAAUGAAAUAAAAAAAAUAAAAAGUUAAAAAAUGUCGGAUAGUGGUUGUGCUUCAUUUAAUUUUUAAUAAUUUCUUGGUUUUGUUUUUAUUAACUACCUGUAAUAAAGUAGAUUUUGCUUAAAUACUUGUAAUAGAUAAACUUUCUUGUUUGUGUUGGUGAGGGUGACGGACAAAUGGAAGAAAUGUGGUAGAAAUUGUCUGGAACUCGGCAAUUCUUAACGGAGCGAAGGGAAUAGGAGUUUUAGAGUUAAAGAAGUGCGGACAAUUUAACACGGAGAUUAUAUUGAUAUCGUUGCACGUUAUUCAUCCAUAUUGUGGACGAGUUCUCUUUUACCCAGUCUGUUGUGUAUCGGGACCGAUCAGUAUCUCUGUUUCGGGUCACUGGUGAAUCGAAAAACUAGUAAAUUAUCGGAUAACGCCAGCCCACAAGAUGGCCGACUGUUAUUCGUAAGAUAAUGUCGGGUGCCUCUGGUUCAUCAGGGAGUGGAACGGGCCGCGGCAGAGGAGUUGCUGACAACAAACCAGACACAAAGGAGAACAAGCCAAACCCGAAAAUGUCAAAGGCACUGGGCACAUCGGCGAAGAGGAUUCAGAAGGAGUUGGCAGAGAUCACAUUGGACCCGCCGCCCAACUGCAGCGCAGGUCCCAAAGGCGACAAUUUGUAUGAAUGGGUGUCCACUAUACUCGGACCUCCGGGAUCAGUGUAUGAGGGUGGCGUGUUCUUCUUAGACAUCCAUUUUUCACCAGAAUAUCCGUUCAAACCUCCUAAGGUGACAUUCCGAACUAGAAUAUACCACUGUAACAUCAAUAGCCAGGGUGUGAUAUGUUUAGAUAUACUAAAAGACAACUGGUCGCCCGCACUGACUAUAUCUAAAGUACUUCUAUCAAUAUGCUCACUGCUCACCGAUUGUAAUCCAGCGGACCCGCUAGUGGGCAGCAUCGCGACACAGUAUCUGCAGAACAGGGAAGAGCACGACCGCAUCGCGCGCCUCUGGACCAAGCGCUACGCGACAUGAUUGUCUCGCCGCGCCCGAGCCGCUGCGGAACUAUCUACACUAUCAUACUCAAUACCGCUCUGUUCUAAAUCCAUCCUGUUCACCUAAAUGUAAGCUUACAAUGUUAUCCAAGUAUGUCGGGCGCCGCCAUCGACCGCCCGACGGCUUAUUAAUAUUUAGUUGCAAUUAAUGUGAUGUCAUGCUUGUGACGAUCGGUCUGAAUUGUAUAAUUUUAGACGAAAGGAUUUUUUUAGUUAUGAAUUGAUCGAUUUUCUGUUGAUGUAUCUAGCUGUGUUAUGUAAUACAGUGAUAUGUUUACUAAUGAAGUGUAUCGUAGGUUUAAACCAGUGAAUUGAGUCAAUUUUGCCGCUCUACCGCGAUGAUCUCAAACACUCAACUGUUACUACUUACGUGUAAGUACGUCUGGACUAUUGCGAUGCCUAUUAUAACAUAUUGGAAUAAAUCGCAUAUUGUCUUGUAAAAAUGGUUUAAUUUCAGGGUAUUAUGCUCGAUUGGUACAGGGACGUGUUGAUUACUCUCAACGAUUUUCCCCACAAACUGGUAACUGUUGCCGAUUUACUCAGUUUUACGUUUUUGCGUACGACUUUUUAAUGCACCUAUCAAGCAUUCGUAAUAGAAAAUGUAUCAUGAAUGACAGCAUCAAUAGACAGCAUUAAGGUUACUACCGCCAGUGGCGACACCUAGCUCUGUCAAAAACUAGUAAACAUUUUGUACUGAGUAGUGACUCACAUAACGAGGAAGGGCAACGUAGCUCUAUUUCAGUUGUGUGGUCUUUUUUUUAUAUAAUCAUGUUUUUUUUUCGACAGCGUACGGUUUCGUUUACAUGGCUGUGAGUGGAAAAACCUUUGCUGUCUCAUUUUAAAUUAAUUAGCGUCUGCUUACCUCGUAAGCGUGUCAUGUUCGUCAAUAUCUUGUACUGUUGUAUUGUUUAGGCAAGGUUUCCCACCAGCUUUCUGGAAUUCAUCUAAAACUGCUGUUGAGCUCGACUUUUUACAAAAACGAUUUGUAAGUUCCUAAUCGUCGUAGCUACCAUAUUUUCUAAAAUAACGUGUAUGUGGAGUGAUAACAAUGUACUGUAAUUUAAAUUUUAUUGGUUAUGAAUGGAAAGUUUUAGUGAGAUUCGGUUAUAGUUCAAUGAACUGCCGAUAGUCAAAAUCAUUUCAACUUUUACACUAAAAAGUAAAGUCGACAACGUCGGCGCAUCACCAAUCAAUGUAUUUUCUCAUUGUAUUUAUUGUAUAAUGUAUUAUUUAAUCGACAAUCUGCGUGUAAAUUAGGCCAAAUUGUUCAAUAUGUUUUUAUGGCGUUAGUUUUGGAACAAUUUAGCUAGGUUUUAUAUUUGGUCCAUAUUUCUUUAGGUUUAGAUAGUCAAAUUAUUUCAAAUUUAUAACUGGUGAUUUAUUUUGUGAUGUAUACAUUCGCUUCUUUGUGCAAUGAAGAGUUUUAGGUCAAAACUCGCGAAUUAUUUGCAUCUACGACUAAACUCAUUUAACAACUGAUUAUACUUAGAUUAGCGUAUAUAAAAUACUAUUUAUUUUUAUAGUAUUGAGCUUACGGAAGCGUACGUUGCACGUACACCGUUUUGGGGAAUUUCAUGACCACGUAUCUACAAUAUGCAAUGCCAGGAUUGAAGUCGAAGGUGGAAUUUGCUUUUUUAAUCACCGUUGGCGACGGAAAUGUUUGAGCGAGACGUUCCUUUGCCCUGUGAAUGAUCGACGAAUGAUUCUAAUAGACUGCUGUACAGUCGCCAAUGUACAAAACAUAUCAAAAGAUGAUUUACGUUGCAACGAUGAACCGCUUUCCUUUGCCGCCAUACGUACCGCUGCCCUUUCGUGCCAAAUGACAGGCACUCGGCCUCCGCUCCGACCAGACGACUCCUGACUUUCUAAAUAUUCCGUUUAGUAUGUAAACAGUUAUAGACGUAAGUUAUUUUAUUGUCUAGGUAAUGUAUAUGUAUGUCUUAACCUUAGGGGAUAGUUACUUAGCAUUGUAAUGUUUAGCGAAGUGUAUGUCGCGCGUAUAUGAAUGUUCUGGUGAUACCCGUUGUGACAAAAUGUAAUUUUUUAUAAUUGGAAACGACUCGGUGAUUUGGUUAGUGUAACUGGUGCUGUGAGAUUCAGAUGCUUGCGACAUACUGAGACGCGACGGGACCGCAGCGGGAACGCAACGUGGACCCGCGCCGCGUGCCCCGACUGGAUGUAAUUUGUCAUUGUGAUUUCUCUAAGUUAAUGUAAUGACUCGAAAUGCGUUGCUUGCAAGUCAACAGCUCUAUUUUACGCGACUGAUGUUCCUCGAAACUCGAUGUUCGUACUCUGAAACCUUGUAACCAUCCUUUGUUACGGUUUAUAUCAUAAAUAGGAAAAUAAAAUUGUGUGUAACUAGGACA